AUGAGCUCUUCUUUGAGGUCCGAUACGCGAGGGAGCGGUGUGCGGGGGCAACCACCACCGCCGCCGCCACCACCACCCAUGUACCAGGCACCGAUGAUGAUGCCGGCGAUGAUGCAGAAUAUGCCACCGCCGCCACCGCCGCCGCCACCGCCGCCACCUCAGGGACCGUUUUACGUUCCCCCACCUGGCAUGCAGCGGCCACCGUCAACUCUGAUGCAGCACUUUGUUCCAGGCCUUGGGUUGGUGCAGCCGCCACCGCCACCACCACCACCGCCACCACCGCCGCCGUUCAUGCAGCCGCCGUGUGGCACGAUUCCCUUCCCCCCUCCUAUGGGUGUUCCGAUGCCACCGAUGAUGAUGGCGAAAGGCGCAGAGCAAGGGCUGAUAUCGCCGGCGUUUUCUAACGGCGCCCUUACACCAACUUCAGCACCACUCCAGCCACAGCAGUCGGUAGGUACGGUGCCCAAACCGCAGAGUACACGUGUGAGUGUUGGUAACGCCUCACUGGCGGCUCUAGUUUCGAAGGAGCCGCCCAAGUUUUCGUGCGUGCUUCUCUCCGGCAUUCCUGCAGUUGGCAAAACGACGAUGGGUCGGGAGCUGGUGAAUGAACUGCGGAAGGAUGGAUUUGGCUGGGUUUUCUUUUCAGGCGCCGACUUCCUCGCAGGGACGACGGCAAAGCGACCAGUGUGGGAGACAACAAAGGAAGUGUUUGAUGCCUUGGAGAAACGCCUUGACGAACUCCUUGAACAGCAGCGGAAGGAGCGCAACGUGAAGGGACUCGUCAUCGACAAGAAUGUGAAGGGCAUUGAGGAUAUUUAUUACCUUUCGGCGCUGCUCAAGGCACGGAAUAUUCCGUUUGUCGGCAUUGUGGGCAUGGAGGCGGACGGCGACGAUGUGCUUUUGAAGCGCAUGGGAGGUGGCGAGGAGCUGCGCGAGAAGCUCAAAUACCACCGCGUCAUUCACGCCAGGGUCCGCGCACUCGCGAAGGCGGCCGGCAUGUAUCGCGAAAUCGAUGCAACCAAGUCGAAGGAGGAGGUGCUUAACUCGCUGCGCACAAUGGUGCUUGGCUGUUGUGCACAGCCGCCGCAGCGUGGCAUCCGCAUCGACUUCUACAGCGACUCCAUCUCCACAACGAUGGAAGACAACCACAAGGAGUACUGCGCCGUGGUGACACGCGUUUUCGACCUCGUAAAGCCGGCAAAGGGACUUAUACACCACUACCCCGGUACCACGGAGUUCGUGCCGUUCUCCACACGCGAGAUGUCGGAAAAGAACCGCGUCUCCACAAUCAAGUCGCACUACGGCGUGCGUCGCCUCAACGACGGCUCACGUCAUCUACUGCUGUACCACGAGGGUAGAUUGCACCUCAUCCCAACGCAUCUCAAGGCGGUACUGCGUAUGUCUGAGAAGGCGUGGUUGGGGAGUAGACUGAGCGCCGUCGGUUGCUUUGUGCUUGAGGGCGACCUUGUGCGACUCAGCAAGGACCGAAACAGCGAGAAGUUUCUUGUCUUUGAUGCCCUCUUCUGGAGUGAUGCGGAGAGGCCGGAGACGAACAUCGUGAUGCGCAUGAACUGGGCGGAGCGGCAGGCGUUCCUCGUUACACACCUGUGCGCGGAGAAGAAGGCCUUCUUUCCCGCUGGCUCUGACUGCGUCGUUGUGCACCAGGCUACGGUAAAACUGGAGGAGAUCCUCGGUGUGCUUGAGCCAGCCGACUACCCAGGCGAUGGCGUUGUGUUCCAGCCGGUGAACCCUAUGCACAGCUCCGACAAGGUCUUUGUGUGGCGACCACCUGCGAGUAUCACAGUUGACUUCCGCAUCGGCGCGCUAAGGAGCACGGCACCGGAUCUCGUCGUCACGGAGAGUGGCGCAAAGGAGGCGGAGGUCGUGCUGGGGAGCAGCAUACAUAGUCACGCCUCUGCCUCUGCCUCCGCACCGCAAUAUAUGCAGCAGUCACAGCUAACCAGUGUGUUUUCUUUAGGCCAGAGUAUGUCAAGUCAGGGGGGUUUUGGGCGCAGCAUUCUUUUUGAGAAUGCGCCCACAAGGACAUUUGAGCUUGAGGUGUACGACAAGUUUGAGAAGGAAUACACUCAAUUUGAAGACUGCACUGUGGAGGUAAAGCACCCGGACGUUGUGGAGGGCUGCAUAUGCACAUGCGUGCUCUCGGAUGAGAAGGCACGUACAUGGACAUUCCAGCGCAUCCGAUAUGACGCGCUUCGCCCCGCAUAUAAGCGAGACGUAGAGUCUCUGCUGGAGCACUGCAUCAUCCCUAAGGCCAAGCUGUUGCAGUGGCUCACACAUGAGAAAAUUGUGCCGCCACCACCGCCGCCGGCUGACACCCCGCCGCUGCCGCUACCACCACAUACGGGGUUGCCACCGCCAGAAUCAGCGACAUCCAGCGAGGCAGCAAGCCAUGGACACCAUGGAGUUGUACUGCCGACGUACGCCAGCGCCGUCAUGAUGCAGCAAGGCAGCGCCACGCCACACGCGUCGCUGCGGAUGGUCCCGCCAGUUUCUGCAACGGAUGGCGCAACGGGAUAUCACACCAUGUUUGUAGCGAGUACUUCGACCCACAGCAACGCUUCACAUGGGACUCCGACACCGGUGUACCCACUGCCCAUUCACAGGUCUCAAGGCGUGACGCACACAACUUUAGUGGGACACCGCCCGCAGACGCCGAAAUCCAUGGCGAUCGUUCCGGAAAAACAUCCUGUCUCGGAGUUGGAGUUGCUGACAACGAUGGUGCCAUCGGUGCACAUUGUGCGAAGCGACAAUACAGAGGAUAAACACAGGGGAGGAGCCCCUGGAGGCAGACAACUACAAAACCAACAACAAUUGCAGCAACAGCAGCCGCGUGAUCGCAACAACAAGCGAGCACAUGCUGCCGAAGAGAGAGAAGAACGUGAGAGAGGUGGACACGGCAAGACAGCGGUACGGCACGGCAAGCAGCAGCACGGCGGCAAAGGAGACAACGCGGCGCCGGAUGAGUGCGCACAGUGCCAAAAGAAGAAACAACCCAAUGACCUCCGUCUCGACAAGCGGGACCACAAGUCCUACUGCUACAACUGCUGGGCGAAACUGGGAUGGGAGUUCUGCCACGAGUGCGGUGAUUUCCGUGAGGGCUACCGCGAGCGCACACGCCGCCGUGUAGGCGAGUUCUAUUGCAACAAGUGCUGGGCCUCCUUUAACAAGGACGACGAUGAGGAGGACGGAGCAAAAAGGGGCAAGCAGGCCACCAAAAACCGCAAGGAGGAACAGCGACAGCGGCAGAAAAGAGAAUCACAGGUGAACGACGUGCCAGAUGGUAACGGUGGUGCCGCAGCAAAAGACACCACAGCAGUCGACAAACGGGACGCGAUAGAGCGGCGGAAUGCGCGGCGUUCACCAAAGGACAGCAAGAAGGCCCCUGCUGGCGUCGGUCCUGCGGCAUCUGAUACGAAGGAGAGGUGCGAGGAUGAUAUACACCGUGAAGAUAACCCCAAGAAUACGGAGGGGACGCACGGUGGGGAAAUGGGAGGAAAGGAGGUGACAAAGAAUGAGACAGGAGAAGAGGCAUCACGGAAGGAAAAACCGAAAGAUGAGGAAAAGGAACUAACAAAGAAGACAGAGGAGGCGGCAAAAGAAAACGACAGAAGCAAGAAGGAGAAGGAGACACCAGGUGAUGCCGGUUCACCGGAGUGUGCCGCUGUACCACAACAGCAGCAGCGACACACAAAGGAAGAUGCUGCGCCACAUCAAGCAGAGGUGCCAGCGGAGUAA